AUGGAGCGCACGAACGGCACGGAGCCGUGGCAGCGCAGCCUGCAGGCCGUGCUGAGCGCCCUGAACCGGAGCCUGCACGGGGCCGUGCCGUGCCCGGGGCAGCCCCCGGCCGCGCCGGUGCCCCGGGACCCGCGGCGCGACGCCAACGCCUACAUGUACAUCCUGUUCGUCAUGACGCUCUUCGCCGCCACCGUGGGCAGCCUCAUCCUGGGCUACACCCGCUCCCGCCGCGUGGACAAGCGCAGCGACCCCUACCACGUCUACAUCAAGAACAGGGUCUCCAUGAUCUGAGCCGGGAGCGCCGGGCCCGGGGGCACCGUGCCGGGCACGCCCUGCUCGUCACGGGAUGCGGCAGGGCUGCUGGAACACCCCGGAGCUGCUGGGAACACCCCAAAACCGCUGGGAUCCCCUUGGAGCUGCUGGGAACCCCAUAGAGCUGCUGGGAUCUCCAUAGAAC